AUCUGUGAAGGCUCGGGCUACCCGUUGGAGGUGCCUCCCGCCCGCCCCACAGAGCUGAGCGGCUCUGAGCAGCGGGAACGCCUCACCCCGGCUCCUGAGAGGGACAGCAGAACGGAACGGGCAGAGGGGCGGCACGGGGCGCUUAAUAGAGAGCUGGGAGCGGCGGGAGCCGCGGACUUGGAGUAUAAAGUGCGAAGAGAACGAGGAGCCCAGCUGGUGCCGUCCUUAUCCCUAGAGGCAGUGCUUCUCAGGCCGCCCCUCGCCCUGCCCUCGCCUUAGGGCUGAGCCGCUCCCCUGGGGGGCAGCGUGGAGCGGUUGGUAAAGGCGGGCAGUUCAAACCCAAGCGAGGGAAAGCGGCUGCGGCCGCACGCGAGGAGCCGGUGUGGGUGGAGAGAAGCGAAGCAGCUUUUCACUAAGGGCAACGGGCCCCGAAGCCGGGCGGCGAGCUGUGGAGGCGGCAGGAUCCCCGCCUUCCCCAGCCAGCUGGCUGGGAGGGAGGGCAGCCUCGCCCUUCGUCUCCUCAGGGAGCCCCGCCGACCUCCCCGGCUGCUCUCGGUGGUGGGGGCCUGUGGGGUCGGUUUCCUCUACCCAGCGGUGUUCUAGAUAAGGCGGUGAAGCUGUGUGUUCGUGUCCAGCAGCCCAGGUGACUGAGAGAACCCCCUCACCCCGACACUGCUCCCUAGGUAGCAUCAGUUAUCCUCAUCGCUGGUAGGUUGUCGGUAAGGGAUUAAAUAGUACUUUGCGUUCAAUACAUUUGCUGUGGAGGAUCUCCAAUUGCUUCACAAAUUAGGAGUUAAAGUGCGAAGCAGAAGAUGUCAGAUAGUCAUUCAGUAACGUGCAAUAUUAUUCAAAGAAAUAGGUUAACGUCUCCCAGCAGCAGUUUUAAAUGCUCCAGUUUUAAAGACAAUCGUUCCACUUCAGUGUUUCUGGACAGCAGAUGCAACGAGUCAUUAAAAGAUCCUGAUGCAGAAUAUAAAGAAACACUGAGAGCAACAAGUUCAUCUUUGCUACAAGAACACUCUGACCAUAUUCAUCCAAACGACCUCUGUUCAGUGUCAUCUAUUGAAAAUGAAAUGAAUUCUAUCUCCUUAUCAGAGAGAAGAGAAGCAAAUAAGAGUACAUAUUUUUUUGAAACUCCGAAAGCGGGUAGAAAAGGCUUCUCCUUACGCAGGAGGCUGCUUUUAUCUAAGGCUGGUGCAGCUGUGGGAAGCUGUGAAAAACAAGUUAGUUCUUCAGGGAGCAGCAGGAAAAAACUAUUCUCUUCUGUUCUGAGCUCUGAAGAAAAACUGUCACAAACUGCUUCAGACUCUUUGAAAGAUGAAAGUUGCAACACCCUAAGAGGUAGCGCUGCAGAAACUGAGGGCUCUAGUCCCAAUUGCUCGAAACGGCGACUAUCCUUUUCACAACAAAGGACUUCUACACUAGAUGAGUCCAAAUGUAAGGAUCCCUCAUUGCUGGAAACAGAAUGUUUUUCUCCAAUUGAGGGUAAGGAAGUUACUGCUAGUAACACUAAUGAAUUCAGUGAGAGUGUCCUUGUGAGUGUUAGUGAAGGGUUGCUUCAGACUCCUACUUUCAGUGUGCUACCUGAGGCCAAUGAUAGCAAGAUCCUGACUUCUGUUGAUAGUCUUGUAGAGAACUUUAACUUUGAACUGUGCGACGGAAACAAUCCCUCUGUUAAGCUGACAAGUUACUCAAAUAUUUCAACACCUGAGGAUAGCGGAUAUAAUUCACUUCAACUGGACAAAUCAGGAGACUCGUUGUCUGACCACGAGGGUUCUUUUCAAGAGAGCUUUCGAAAACGCAAAGAAGGUUCCAAAAUUCUGGAUAUUAAAAAAAAGGCAAGAAAAAUUGAACGAGUGAGAAGGUUGUCAACUCUUCGGGAACAGGGCUCGCAGUCGGAGACAGAAGACCAUCAUGGCAGUCCUAAUUCAGCACAUACAUUAGCGGAAGGAAGAAGGUUUGUCACAGAAGACCAUGGAUUAGUUUUAAAGGAACAGAUGAGUGAAGACUCAACUGUAAAUUAUGGAGAUCUCUCAAGAACUCCAGCUCUGCAAGUAGUCCACGAAAUUUGCUUGCAAAGACAAAGAUCAGACAAAAAUCAAGUAUCGAAGAAUACUGAUGGAACACAAAUAAUUGCAUUAGAACAUGUUCUUGCUGGACUUAUUGGCAAGAAAAUGGGCCUUGAAAAAUUAGAUAUUUUAACUGAAUUAAAAUACAGAAAUUUGAAACAUGUUCUUGCUAUUGUUUUAGAUGCUUUGACAGUGGAAAGUCUAUGCAGCAUUUGGAAAGUAAGCAAAAACUGGCGUGAAAUCAUUGUACAAGAUAAAAGUGCAGAUAGGAGGAGAAAGUCAUACAUAAAACAGCUGAAAGAAGAAGCUGAGGAAUACUUAUUGAAAGCUGAAGAUGCUGCCACAAGACUUAAUGUUCUCAACAGAUCUGCUCUAAGGCCAGUUCAAGCUCAAGCCAGAACUCCUGUACUGCAAACACCGCCCUCUUACACUGAACUUACGCCCAGGAGAUGCAAUUCUGUUCCCCAGACAACCAGUAGACAGGAAGAAUACAUGAAAGUUGCUAAAACUCUAUUCACUGAUGAAGCUCUAAAACCCUGUCCAAGAUGUCAAUAUCCUGCAAAGUAUCAGUUGGUAAAGAAAUGGGGGCUAUGUAGCAGAGAGGCCUGUGCGUUUGAGUUCUGUGUCUUAUGUCUGCAUGCUUUCCAUGGGUCUAAGGAAUGUAAUAGUUUAUCAGCAAAACAGAAGAACAAAAAAGAUGCUCCUCCAGGAAGUGCCCAAAGCAAAAGAAAUUUAAAAAGACUCUAAAUUUGUAAGGCAUUCAAGUCCUUACAUUUCAUUCCUUUUUCCUUUCUUCCUACGUACUGACAUCUUGGAAGUCUAAUUUGAUGUAGUUUUGCUUAUCAAGAUAACUUCACAUGUAUAUAUCUUAAUUCAGUGUAUUUUCCUUUUUGAAAAAAGCGAAUAUUUUAAAACAUUUUGUUUUACCUGUCAUAUAGUAGCUAAGCACUUACUAACAUCUUAAUUAUUCAAUAAAGUAUCUUAAAUGUGGUUUUCAAUAUCUAGCUUACAGCAUCUCAUAGGUGUUUAAAAAUGCAAUUCUUGUCUUAAUGACAAAUUAAAGAAAAUGUUUUUUAAAGAACAUUUUUGGAAAUUUAUUUAUUGUUCACUAUUCUUAAAAUAGUUACUUUAGAAGUUGUACAUUAAAGUUCAUAUGAUAGAAGUACUUCUACCUAUAUAAAUGGUGAUACCUCAAAAAGAAUGUAUUAGUUGUCUGAACUUUGUUUGCAUAAUUAGAAUAGUAAUUCUGUUGUUUUUAGACUCCAUAGUGCAAGGCAGUAGAAGAGUAAUCUAAAUCAAGGUGUUGCUCCAUUGAUGAUUGAUUCUGCUGUUUUUUAUGGUUUUUUCUUUACUUGAAAACUGCAGGUGACACAGCGUAUAUCACAUAUCUAAAAAAGAUGCUGUAUCAUUCUGUUGUUGUAAACUUAGGCUAUGUACUUAGUGAGGUAUUACUUCAGCUUCCAGAUACUGGUCAUAUUCAUAUUUUUGCUUGAAUUAAAGGAUAGAAAUUAUCCUUUCUCCAUUUUUAGACUUAAUAAAGAGAAUUCACUGAUUUUCAUACUUGAGCUAAAUAUAUGACCCUUUGCAGACAAAUAAUUCAGUCUUCCUCCCAGACAAAAUUUGAAUGAAUGCUGACAGCAGAAGACAGUACUACUUACCUGAUGGAGAUACAAUCUCAGUUUACUUCCCCAGUUGAUGUUUUUCUACUUGGAUACUCGAUAGUUACUACUCCAUCUUCAUGGAGAUAUUUUUUAUCAUAAGCCAUAAGCCUCUUUCAGGGUGUUUGUAGUCAGCGGUUUCCUCCUUCCCCUCAUUCCUAUCUUUUUUCUUUUUUUUUUUUCCCACACCAUAUGUUGUUUGAGACUUUAACUUCACUGUGUGCAUUUGUAGGUAAGCCUUAGCACUGGGCUGUAUUUAAAAGAUAGCUUGACAAAAUGGGCUUUCAAGUAAGUUAUAAGAUGCAUACUUUUUCUUAUAUUGUCUCACAGUUGUCUCAUAUUAAUUCCUAUAUCCUUUUAUAAUUUAAAAAUUAUGAAUUGCAACUUCAGACUUUUUUCCUUCUAUAUUAUCUGUUGAUAUUUAGGAGAAAUGCACCAAUAUAGCUAACUU